CUUCAGCUGGUUGUGGUUUGACCAAGACUCAUCCGCUUUACGUAAAAUAGUGCCUGUCCGGAGUGAACGUUGAAACUGCCAAUUCUGUGUGUUAUGGAAUGACGUUUGAGUCCCAAACAUCGAGGUAGAAAUGCUUUAAAUCUGUUUUGUGUGAUAUGCCAGAGACAACUGUAGCUGUUCAUUAACUUCAGAGAGUGUUGAUUGUUUGGCACAACCUCUGCCGAUAUAUUCGUCGACAAAGAAGGCACAUGCCAUCUUCAGUUCAGGUUAGUCUCUGAGGACAGCAGUGGAAAGGGUACAGCCAUGUUACUGAGGCAGAGCAAAUAUUCUUCCACCUCUAUGCUCGUCUGUGCUUUGAUUGCCUAUUUCUUGACGUCAAAAUUCUGUGUAGCAGUUCGACCUCCAGUGAUUACUAGAGAACUACAGUCUGAGUCUGGUAUUGAAGGAGGUGUCAUAGCAUUUGUAUGUGAGGCAUCCGGUGAUCCGGAACCAUCAUUCCGCUGGGAGAAGGGAUCCCGCAAUGCCCAAAACUCAAGAUCAGACAUUUUUCCAAUGCCUUCUGGAUCUGUUCUGAGGAUUGAACCACUUAGAGAUGGUCGUGACGAUGCGGAAUUCCACUGUAUUGCAUCAAAUGUUGCUGGAUCAGUCAGAAGUACAGCGAGGCUCCAGGUUUAUGCAAGUUCCAGUAUUCCUGCAGGUUUUCCAGUGAUCACAAGAGAGCCAGUACUCGACGUUGUAGAGAAGGGCUAUCCAAUAUUACUUCAUUGUGAAGCGGAGGGUAACCCUGAUCCAGAAAUCAUUUGGUUCAAAGAAUACACACCUGUUGAUCUCAGCACGGAGAGAGUCAAGUUAACCUCAUCUGGAUUGUCGAUAAGUGUGUCUGACUUUUCUGAUCAUGGGAAAUAUCAGUGUGCUGCAAGGAAUUCUGCAGGCACCCGCUUUUCCAAGGCAGUUCCGUUGUAUGUUAGAGUGAGACGAGUUGCACCACGUUUCACCAUCUUUCCAGAAAGUCAAGAAGUUGUCCCGGGUGGUAAUGUAAAUCUAACAUGUGCUGCUAAUGGUUCCCCCAUGCCUGUCAUCAAGUGGAUGAAAGGAGAUGAGGAUCUGAGUAGUUCUGAUGAUGAUCUUCCCCUUGGUAAAAGUGUUCUUCCUCUGAAGAAUGUGCAAGAGACAGCAGAGUACACAUGUUACGCUAUGAGUGACCUUGGGGAGAUACAACAUUCAGUGACUGUGACCGUUCGGACUCGCCCUGACCCUCCCCCUGUGCCGACAUUGAGUCAACACACUGCUAAUACUGUAACUGUUGAGUGGGUUGCUGGCACAGAUGAACCUAUCAAGGCCUACGUUUUGAAGUAUGCACUAAGGUCCUCUCCAGGUGCUGCAAUAGAAAUAGCAGAUAUUACUGAUACCACAUAUACCAUCCUUGACUUGUUGCCUUUCACUGAAUAUGAGGUACGUGUUGCUGCAGUCAAUACAAUAGGCCGAGGAGACUUCAGCCGGCCUUUGACAGUCACUACGGCACAGCUUGCACCAUCAACUCCUCCACGAGAAGUUCGCGCAAGUCCUCUGAGUGCUAGUACCAUACUGGUGCAGUGGGAAGCUCCAGAAGUCCCAAAUGGGAUUGUGAGAGGUUACAACAUCUAUUAUAGCAACACACCCAGUCAGAAUUUGAGUUUUUGGUACAAGCAUUCAGUGGAAGAUGGUACCCAGAGAUUGACAACAAUCAGUGACCUCAACCCAGACCAGACGUAUUCAAUACGUGCCUCGGCAUUCACUGCCAUUGGUGAAGGGCCAGCCUCCACAGCAGUCCAAGUAAUAACAAAGCAAGGAGUUCCCAGCCAACCUGAAAUGUUUGCGGGUGAGGCCAUUUCUGCAACUCAGAUACGCCUGACAUGGAGACAACGUGAAACAGAAGCCCAGAUUCUCUACUAUGAGCUGUAUUACAAUGACUCCAAGACUGGAAGUGACGAACACAGGAGUAUUCCUAAAGCAGAGACAUACAUUCUAGAAGAUUUGAAGCCCAAUACUGUGUAUAACAUCCGCCUAGCUGCAAAAUCUAGGGCUGGGCAGGGAGCGAGCACACCUAUUGUGUCAGUUCGCACGGAGCAAGCCGUCCCUGGUGCUCCCCCUCAAGAUGUCAAAGCUUCAACCCUGAGCUCUACAAGUCUUCGGAUCGAAUGGGAACCACCACCUCAAGACCGCCAAAAUGGGGACAUAACAGGUUACAAAGUCAGCUAUGUAAAAAUACCUCGUUCGGGGGAGGUUGUGGAAGCCCAAGAUGAAAUGUUGCUGGCAGUGGGUCCUAAUGACAGAUCAUGUGACUUGGUUAACCUUGACAAGUGGACAGUAUAUCAGAUAACUGUGCUAGCAUCUACAAAGAUGGGGGAUGGACCUGCGUCCCGGCCCAUAAAUGCUGAAACAGAUGAAGAUGUACCGGAUGGUCCACCACGUAAGGUUGUAGCUGAAGCCCUGAAUUCAACCACCAUUGCUGUUCGAUGGAGCCCACCUGCUUUGGAUCGACAACAUGGUGAAAUUCGCGGCUACCAAGUUCACUACCAGGUUGUGUCAGCUGAUGAAGAACCAUUGGGACCACCUCAAGUUGAGUGGGUUGCACUUCCAGAUAUAAGGGAUAUCGUCCUGACAAAUCUGUCUCCGAAGACUUACUAUUCAAUCGAAAUUGCUGCUUAUACCAUCAAAGGAGAUGGAGAACGUAGCAGACCAAAACUGGCACAAACUCCUGGACAAGUUCCUGGACAACCUCCAAAUUUUGUGGUGGAGAGACUGGAGAAUGGUGACUAUUAUGCCCAUUGGGAGAGUCCAGAAGACACUCAUGGAGUCCUGCUGAUGUAUAAAUUGAGUUACCACACCAGCACAACUAAGCCUUUGUAUCUGGAGAUAAGACCACCAUCCUCUGAUUUUUCGCCUAUUAGGCUCAAUAAAGGAAAGAGAUAUUUCUUCACAUUGGCUGCCAAGAACAGUGAGGGAUAUGGUCUUCCAGCAGAGUUUGAUCUUGUCACGCCAGAAGGAAAACCUACAGGUGCACCACAAAACUUCACUGGGAAAGCAUUAACUAGUACAUCUGUACAGUUGUCUUGGUCCAGGCCAUCAGAUGAGGAGAGUAAUGGAGACAUCACACUCUAUAGUAUACUCUAUUACUUGGAAGAAGACCCAGGACAGGAGUUUAUCAGUGACACUGUUGAUACUAUAGUCACCUUAACCAACUUGAAACCCAACACACAGUAUGUCUUCAAAGUUCGAGCUCAUACUCAAGUUGGCUCAGGUCCAUAUGGAACAACGGUGAUUCUGAUCACUCCACCACUUCCUCCUAGGGAAGCUCCACGUAAUAUCAGAGUCAGCCCAAUGAGCACCACUGCUAUCCUUAUUGAAUGGAAACCACCUGUUGAUAUAGAAAAUGAUCGUUCCGGCUUGACGUAUAUUGUGUAUUGUACAAGUGAAUCUGUGGAUGUGGAUCUGAGCUACUGGAAACGGGUGGUUGUGGGUGAUUUCCACCAAGCAGAGAUUGGUGAUUUGGAACCCAACACAGACUAUGCUGUUGUAGUCCAGCUUCAAACUCCAGAGGGCAACUCGCCAAGUUCACGCAUUGUUUAUGCAACUACACUCGGAGAAGAAUCAGCAGCACCAGAGAGAUUUCAGGCUGAGUUAAAAGAUGGAAAUGAUGUCAAGCUUGUGUGGGAUGCACCAUCAAGCUCAGACGGCCCAAUAAGGGUAUACAGAAUUGUUUAUGCCACAAGUCCUCAGGCGAAGGAGGAGCAUCCAGAAUACACUCAUGAAGGUCUUCCUAUUGAUGUACCAAACAGAGAGAGAAUUUUCGUGAUUUCUGGUUUGAAACCAAACAUGGAGUACCAGUUCAACAUCACAGCUGUUACCAAGAGUAGUAGUAGUCCUCCAGCCACUGUAUUAGUACACACAAGGCGGGCAGCUCCUGCUCAUGUGCCCAUUCUAGAAGUUAACAAGACAUUAAUCACAGCUUCAACAUUGACUAUUACCAUCCCACCACUAGAUUCAAGGGGUGGUCCCAUACACUAUGUUCUGAUUGUGGUUGUUCCUCUCGAUGGUCCUAGUCUUCCAAAAAGUCUUCCCAGCGAGUAUUCAAUGGAGGACCUUUUAUCUGCCACCAAUUCUUACAAUCAGAGAGAUAAGUCAGUACGCAGACGUCGGACCACCACUAAGUUACUUCCUUACAUCACGGCUAAACUCUUGGCACAUGAGCUGUCUGAGCCCUUCACCAUUGGGGAUGAGCAAUUCAUCAAUGGAUUUCAUAACAGGCCAUUAGAAGCGAAUCGCUACUACACGUUCUUCAUGAGAGCGGGAGUUUUAUCUGAAGAAGAGGAGUUACUGGUUACUUCCAGUGAUUAUAUCCAUCCAGUGCAAGCCAAGAAACAGAGUGUAACAGUUAGUGGGGAAACUCUGCCAAACAGCAAUAACCCACCAGAAAAAGAUAAAGAAACUAGUGGUAGUCCUUUGGCUGCCAUUAUUGGAGCAGUCGUCGGUGUCCUCGUUCUUGUAGUCAUCAUUGUCAUCGUUGUCUUGCUGAAAUUCAAGAGGAGAAGUGACCCCAGUGUGCGUAGACCAAAGCGCAAGGAAGUGAAGACAUCCAACCCAUCUGACCCAGUGGAGAUGAGAAGAAUGAACUAUCAAACUCCUGCUAUGAUGUCUCAUCCUCCUAUCCCUGUCAUGGAAUUGAGUGACCACAUUGAGCAUCUUAAGAGCAAUGAAAACCUCCUCUUCUCCCAGGAAUAUGAGUCCAUUGAACCAGGUCAACAGUUCACAUGGGACCAUUCUAAUCUAGAGGUGAACAAGCCGAAGAAUCGCUAUGCCAAUGUGAUUGCAUACGACCACUCGCGGGUCAUCCUGUCACGUGUAGAUGGCCUUCCAGGCAGUGAUUACAUCAAUGCAAAUUAUUGUGAUGGCUACCGUAAGCAGAAUGCUUAUAUUGCUACACAAGGGCCAUUGCCAGAAACACUUGGAGACUUCUGGAGAAUGGUUUGGGAGCAGCGGACAUGCACUCUGGUGAUGAUGACCAAAUUGGAAGAGAGAAACCGUGUCAAGUGUGAUCAGUACUGGCCAAGCAAAGGACAGGAGACCUACGGUGAUAUUCAGGUCACCCUACAUGAUAUGACAGACUUGGCAACCUACUCAGUUCGCAACUUCUCCUUGAUCAAUAUUAAGAAACCAGCAGACAAACGUGAGGUACGUCAGUUUCAAUUCACAGGCUGGCCAGAUCAUGGUGUUCCUGAGCAUGCUACACAGGUCCUGGCAUUUGUUAAUCGUAUUAAAGCCUGUAACCCCCCCGAUGCUGGGCCAAUUGUGGUUCAUUGCAGUGCUGGAGUAGGUCGCACUGGGGCCUUCAUUGUAAUUGACUCCAUGUUGGAGAGGAUCAAGCAUGAGAAGACAGUUGAUAUAUAUGGCCAUGUGACCUGCCUGCGUGCACAGCGUAACUACAUGGUUCAGACUGAAGAGCAGUAUGUGUUCAUCCAUGAGGCUUUGUUAGAGGCAGUGCAGAGUGGAAACACAGAGGUACCAGCAAGGAAUCUCUACUCCCACAUCCAGAAGUUGACCCAACCUGAGCCUGGGGAAACUAUAACAGGAAUGGAGAGUGAAUUUAAGCGCCUGGCCAAUCAGAAGGCUUUGCCUUCCAAGUUUGUGAGUGCUAAUCUCCCAGCCAACAAGUUCAAGAACCGAUUGGUCAACAUUCUGCCAUAUGAAUCAACCCGUGUAUGUUUGCAGCCAAUACGAGGUGUUGAAGGCUCUGACUACAUCAAUGCAAGCCAUAUCGAUGGUUACAAGCAGAAGAGUUCAUAUAUUGCUACUCAAGGUCCCCUUGCAGAGACCACUGAAGAUUUCUGGCGUAUGCUGUGGGAGCAGAACUCGACUAUCAUUGUCAUGCUGACAAAGCUGAGAGAAAUGGGACGGGAGAAGUGCCAUCAGUACUGGCCUGCUGAACGCUCUGCCAGAUAUCAGUACUUUGUGGUGGAUCCCAUGUCUGAGUACAACAUGCCACAGUACAUCCUUCGGGAAUUUAAGGUUACUGAUGCUCGGGAUGGACAGUCACGAACCAUUCGGCAGUUCCAGUUCACUGACUGGCCAGAUCAAGGUGUACCCAAGUCAGGAGAAGGCUUCAUUGAUUUCAUUGGCCAGGUCCACAAAACCAAGGAGCAGUUUGGUCAGGAUGGACCAAUCUCAGUUCACUGCAGUGCUGGAGUUGGACGAACUGGUGUGUUUAUCACCCUGAGCAUUGUUCUUGAAAGAAUGCGAUUCGAGAGUGUCGUCGACAUGUACCAAACAGUCAAGAUCUUGCGAACUCAACGACCAGCUAUGGUUCAAACAGAGGAUCAGUACCAGUUCUGUUACCGUGCAGCCUAUGAAUACCUUGGAUCGUUUGAUCACUUCACAUGAAACAAACAUAGUAGGAUGGCUCACUUAUCAUACAACUCAUACCAAUUAUACAUUUACUCUCCUACUGUUCUGCAAAUACUGCCACUGUCUUCUAAAUUGUUCAUCGAAACAUCUACUUGUGGAACAUGUAAUCCAGUCCAUUCACUGAUUAUUGUAGGUGUCAACAAGUUCCCUGUUUGAUAACGGAGGAACAUCAUGUUGAAUAUUUGGUAUGUACCUGUCUAAUUUUAUGUUUGUCUUGAUCAUUGGGUCUCAGAAAUGUUAACAUUGCAUAUUCAGUCAGUUGGUGCAAUGAGCCAGAUUAUUUUGACGCCACAUUGCAUGAUGCUCAUGCAAAAAAAAAAUCUUUUAGAGGUUUGCCCUUGGGGUUAUAAUUUUGGAAUAUGAGACUUCUAAAGGUCUUUAUUUAGAUUUUAUCUACUGGCCUAAGCAAAUCAGAACAAAACAAAACAAGUAAUGGAUCCUUU